UGGGAGUUUGUCAUAACAUUAAAUUUUCUAUCUGAUCAGUGCGUGCUUCUGUGCUAAGCCACAUUUGCAGUCAGCAUUGGCAGAAGGCUUUUGUCCUUCUCUUCCUUCCUCGGCUUUGACAAGAGAAACACUGAAAUGAUAGAUGUAUCCAUCUAAUCUGACUCUUCUUUCUACUGCAUGCCUACUGUUAUUUUCCCAGUAUGAAGCAGACAAACACACACACACACACACACACACACACACACAGAAUGGGCAAAGGAAUAGAAGAAAAACAUGUUGGAAAAAACAGAUUUCUCCAUCCUAUAUAAACACCUGUCCACUUAAGCUGAAGUUUCACAAUCUAGGAAAUCCAAAAUCUCCUCCCAAAUUUCAUGCAAUCUUGCUUCCACUAAAAAAAUGGGUUCGUUUACUUAUAAGUUGACUUCAGUUUAGAGCAACUUCUUCAACUUCCUCUUUUCUUCCACAUCCAUUGAAAAUUCAGGAAGCAUACAUGAAAGCCUUUCUAUUUUCCUGCAACCUUAACUUAUCACCAGAAAUGAAAUAAACCACCUUGGAAAUUCCUUCUUGUUUUCCAGUUCACCAGUUGGAAAAAGGGCUGCUAGAAUGACUGUUUAAUAAAUCAGAUCAUAACCCUUUUCUUCUUUUCUAGCACUUGAAACCUUUUUUACUUGCUAAAAACCUAACUGUUCCCGCAAAAACAAUUUCAUCAUCAUCAUCAAAAUGGAAACUUUCCAUGCCCCACUUGGUGCUCUUCCUUUUCCUUUCAACUUUACCAUACCUAGCAACCAAAUUGCAGCUUUUGCUUCCCCUGCAAAUAGCAUAACUCCAUGGAUGGAUAGCAGGAUAUGGAGCAGGCUCCCACAAAGGCUAAUUGAUAGAAUCAUUGCCUUCCUUCCAGUCCCUGCCUUCUUUAGAGCCAGAGCAGUUUGUAAAAGAUGGUACAGCCUCUUAUUCUCCAGCAGCUUUCUUCAGCUGUACCUCCAAGUUUCUCCUCGCAGCCAUUGGUUCAUAUUCUUCAAGCAGAAGACCUUAAAGAACUUUGUCUACAGAAACAACAGCAAUGCUGACAGCAGCGGCAACAGCUGUAACAGAAUCAUCAAUGAAGGUUACCUUUUCGAUCCGUCCGAGGAGAAAUGGUACCGAAUUUAUUUCCCGUCAGUCCCACAAGGCUUCUCCCCAGCAGCAUCCUCAGGUGGGCUGAUUUGUUGGGUGUCUGAAGAAGCAGGUUCAAAGAACAUCCUUUUGUCUAAUCCAGUUACAGGGUCACUAAGUGCCCUGCCUGCAACGUUAAGGCCAAGGCUUUUUCCUUCAAUUGGCCUAACAAUCACAAACUCAUCCAUCGAUUUAGCCGUCGCGGGAGAUGACCUGAUAUCCCCUUAUGCAGUGAAGAAUCUCAGCACUGAAAGCUUUCAUGUUGAUGCUGGAGGGUUCUACUCCAUAUGGGGCACAACCUCAGCUCUGCCAAGACUCUGUAGCCUUGAAUCAGGAAGAAUGGUUUCUGUUGCUGGAAGAUUUUACUGCAUGAACUACAGCCCUUUCAGUAUCUUAUCCUAUGAUGUUGGAUCAAAUGAAUGGAGCAAAAUUCAAGCACCAAUGAGGAGGUUCCUGAGGUCACCAAACCUGAUCAGAUGCAAAAGGAAGCUGGUUUUAGUUGCAGCUGUGGAGAAGAGUAAGCUAAAUGUGCCAAAGAGUUUGAGACUGUGGGCAUUGCAAGAAUGUGGGAAUAACUGGGUAGAGAUUGAGAGAAUGCCGCAGCAGCUUUACCUUCAGUUUUCAGAUAUGGAGAAUGGCCAAGGGUUCAACUGUGUUGGAUAUGGAGAUUUUGUUGUGAUUAUGAUCAGAGGAAAAGCUGAUAAGGCCGUGAUGUUUGAUUUUUGCAGAAAAAGAUGGGUUUGGAUUCCUCCUUGUCCAUACAUCAAUGGCUACGCCGGUGCUGGUGCCGGUGUCGGAGGGGGUUACGGUGGAGAUCAUCAAGCUGCUGAUGAAUUGCAUGGCUUUGGAUAUGAACCUAGGCUUGCUACCCCAGUUACUGCACUGCUUGAUCAGUUAACACUUCCCUUUCAGUCUUUUAAUGUUUAG